ACGUCUGAAAAGUAUCUGAGCUGGAAAGGAAGUGCGGUGGACGGUGUUAUGUCGCCAAGCGGGGAAAAUGCAUCCCACUGGAGCAAAGUGAUGCAUACCCGGCAGCAGAGAAUAGAAGAAGUUUGCAGUCGGCAUCGCAAGAUUCUAAGACGAUUCUUAAACCACAAUAGACUUCUUUUUGAUACCAGACACCACCUGGCAUACUGUAGGAAUGCCAAGGCAGGCACAACAAGUUGGCUGAGUAUCCUUCUAACAUGGGCAGGAAUGAAUGUAAAAGGCAUGGACCCUGAAAAGAUUCAUGAAGUUGCAACAGAAAUGUUCCCUAGUCUUGGUCCAAAAGAAGCUGCCGCCGAGAUGAAUAUCCCUGCUUUCACUUUCACUGCAGUCAGGCAUCCAUUUACAAGAUUAGUGUCUGCAUACAAGGACAAAAUGGUUGAAAAUUACAGAAAGGAUGUGCAAGAAAGCAUUAUAUCAAAAUACCGAGUGAAUAACACCACACCAAUGGACUUGUAUAUAUCUAAGCUUACAGGAUUCUCUUGGGAAAACAUUGUCAGCAUGCAAAAAAAAUACUCCUUUUUCCAGUCACUAAAAAACUCGAAUAACAUAUCUAUACUUUCUUCAGAUUUGUCCAUUCCAACAUUUCGUGAAUUUGCAUUGUAUGUCAGUGACCAGAUCUUGAAAUGCAGCCUCCUGGUAAAUUCAGCGUGUCUUGAAUCAGUUGAUGUCCACUGGCAACCCUUCUUCAAUCGUUGUGCUCCUUGUGAUAUUAAAUACAAAGCCAUUGUAAAAGUUGAAACAUUCAGUGAAGACCAACAACACAUCCAGCAGUUGAUGGGGAUCCCAGACCCUCCUCAGACCCCUGAAGAACGCACCAUAAACAAACACGUCAGCUCUGGCCCUUCUACCAACAGCCUGACGAAACUGUAUUUUUCCCAGAUGACUCCCUGGGAAAGAAUAAGGGUUUAUCUUGCCUAUUACUAUGAUUUUCAGUUAUUUGGGUAUUCUCCUGAUGACAUUCUAUUUCUAUGAAUGCCACUUUUUUCUCAGACAUCAAGGAACUGGCAUUUAGGUGGAAUGCUUUGUCACAAGUACCAUGAAACUUUGUACCUGAAUUAUAAUAAUAAAUAGUUCAAAUAA